AUGGCACGCUUCCGGCAGACUGCAGUGAGUGGAGCAGCAUUGCAGGAGCACGAGCCACAUAACCAAGGCCCCCAGCCACCAAGGAAAACGAAGGGCCUCUACCAGGCUGCUGGUUGGAUUCUCGUCACUCUGCGGAGCCUCAGUGUCUGCUCUGGAGUUAUUGCUUUCUUCCCUGUCUUCUCUUACAAGCCUUGGUUCACGGGAUGGAGUGUUCGGAUUGCUUGUCCCAUCUGGAAUGGAGCUUUGGCCAUCACAACUGGUGUGCUUCUACUGUUGGCUUACAGAGAGUGGACCCAGAGGUGCCUGUGGGAAGCUAAUUUCACCUGGAUUCUGAGCAUUAUGGGAUGUCCACUCCAUUUUGCAGUAGCCUUGGAAUCUGCUCUCCUGGGCCCAUAUUGCUUCUAUUCAUUUUCAGGGAUUGCAGGGACUAAUUACCUUGGAUAAGCAGUUACCUUUCCUUAUCCAUAUGCAAAAUUCUCAUUAGCCUAUGUGGACCCACCACACUACAAAGAGUACCACCUGACACUUCAAGCCCUCAACCUGUGCCUAAGCUUUACCCUGCUCUGUACAUCCUUGACAGUGUUCAUCAAACUUUCUGCAAGACUUAUCCAGAAUGGACACACAAACAUGCAACUCCCUGCUGGGAACACAAACCCUUUUUCACCAUGA